GCAGGCAGGCAGACAGCGGAGUUGCCCCGAACGAACAUCUUGUCCGACUUCCCAAAGCGAACCCAAAACCAUCCCGGCUGGCUGCGCCUCCUCCUCCUGCGCCGCACCGCUCACAGAAGACUUUCCCACGGCGGGACUUGACCGUGUCGCCGCCCUCCGAGUCGUCGGAUUUCUUUACUUUGGGACCACUGCUGUGCGACUAUUUUCUUUUGUUUUGUUUUUGUUUGAGGGAGGAUUUUCAACGCUUCCAAGCUGUCCGCAUGUGACGGCGGAGAAAGUGUGUCUUGUUCGUCGGAGGCCAGCGGCGGCUUUGCUCCGCCGAGCUAACGUGCUAGCGUUACAGGUGUCUUCGAAGGCGCCCCGGAACCCACCGCGUUCCCAAUUUUGCCCGUUAUCGGGCUUCUUCGCCCCAAAUGCCGCCACUUUAUUCAACUUAACGUGCCUGUAAUAGUUUAGAACCGGCGAGGGUGUCGCUUAGCCACCUUGUUGUUAGCCGUUAGCUUCCGAGUUAGCCGCCGUGCUGUGUUUACACCGAACGGUGGGCUAACCCCCCUCGUUAGCCGGCAAAGCUAACGAGUGGACCCCGGAGCUACAUGUGCCUAACCCCGAAUGUAGAUUGCUUUUCAACGCCUUAACAAAACGACCUCCCCGCCCAGCCCGGUUCGUAUACGAUCGAAGCCAACCGGCCGCGUUGGACGGACGAGCAGACGGACUCUUUCGCCGUGCUCGCCGCCCUGGACUGACCCACCCACCCACAAAAGCGGGCUAACUAUCCGCCGGGGCCGAUGCUGACAGUUCGGGCCGGAGCACGGCAACGCCAGGAGCCGCCACCACCGCCACCGCAGCAGAAGCAGCAGCGAUGCAGCCCCAGCAGAUCUACGACUUUUCCAGUGACGAGAACAGUCACAAGUGGAGAGGCCUCUUCGUGCAAGCCCUGCGCAAGGUGCAGAAGCAGGUCCACCCCAACCUCCAGGCCAAGGAGGACGCCCUGCAGCACAUUGAGGAGCUGAUCCUGCAGCUUCUCAACAUGCUGUGCGUGGCGCAGCCUCGCUCCGUGCAGGACGUGGAGGAGCGAGUUCAGAAAACCUUUCCCCACCCGAUAGACAAGUGGGCCAUCGCCGACGCGCAGUCGGCCAUCGAGAAGCGGAAGAGGAGGAAUCCCUUGCUUCUCCCCGUGGACAAGAUCCACCCGUUGCUUAAGGAGGUGCUGGGCUACCGAGUGGACUACCACGUGUCGUUGUACAUCGUGGCCGUGGUGGAGUACAUAUCGGCGGACAUUUUGAAGUUGGCAGGCAACUACGUGGGCAACAUUCGCCACUACGAGAUCAGCCAGCAGGACAUCAAAGUAUCCAUGUGUGCCGACAAGGUGCUGAUGGACAUGUUCGACCAGGAGGACGACAUCGGCCUGAUGUCGCAGUGCACCGACGAGCCCUCCACGUCGGGCGAGCUCACGUACGACGACCUGGUGCGGCUGGAGAUCGCCGAGGAGCGCCAGUACCUGCGCGAGCUGGACCUCAUCAUCAAAGUGUUCCGUCACCACUUCCUGUCCAACUCCAAAAUCUUCACGCCGCGGGACGUGGAGGUGAUCUUCAGCAACAUCCUGGACAUCCACGAGCUGACGGUCAAGCUGCUCGGCCUCAUCGAGGACGCCGUGGAGAUGACGGCAGACGGCAGCCCUCACCCUUUGGUGGGCAGUUGCUUCGAGGACCUGGCCGAGGAGCAAGCGUUCGACCCCUACGAGACGCUCUCCCAGGACAUCCUCAGCAAAGUCUUCCACGAGCACUUCAACAACCUGAUGGCCCGACCCACCGUGGGCCUCUACUUCCAGUCUGUAGCAGAAGGCUUCAAAGAGGCCGUUCAGUACGUCCUUCCGCAGCUGAUGAUGGUGCCUGUGUACCACUGCAUGCACUACUUUGAGCUCCUGCAGCAACUUCAGGAGCGCAGUGAAGACCAGGAUGACCGGGAGUGUCUGAAGCAGGCCAUCACGGCGCUACUCAACCUCCAGUGCAGCGUGGAACGCAUCUAUGCCAAGCAGCAGCCACGGCGAAAGCCCGGCGAGCCCAUGUACCGCCUGUACAGUCGACAGAUUCGUAGCAAGCAGCUAGCCAUCAAGCGCAUGAACGAGAUCCAAAAGAGCAUCGACGGCUGGGAGGGCAAGGACAUCGGCCAGUGUUGCAGCGAGUUCAUCCUGGAGGGCCCGCUGCUGCGCGCCGGCGCCAAACACGAGCGCCACAACUUCCUCUUUGACGGCCUCAUGAUCAGCUGCAAGGCCAACCAGAGCUCGCGGCUGCCGGGCUCGGGGAGCGGCGCCGAGUACCGCCUGAAGGAGAAGUUUGUGCUGCGCAAAGUGCGCAUCGUGGACCGCGAGGACUCGCCGGAGCUGCGGCACGCCUUCGAGCUGAUGGGCAAGGACGAGAACUGCGCCGUCUUCUGCGCCCGGACCGGCGAGGAGAAGGCGGCGUGGAUGGCGGCGCUGGUCACGCUGCAGUACCGCUCCACGCUGGACCGCAUGCUGGACACGGAGCUGCAGCACGAGGAGCGGGCGCACCCGCUCCGGCUGCCCUCGCCGGAGCUUUACCGCUUCGCCGUGCAGGACUCUGAGGAGAACAUCGUGUUUGAGGACAAAGUGCAGAGCAAAACGGGCAUCCCCAUCAUCAAAGCGGGCACGGUGGUCAAACUCAUCGAGAGGCUCACCUACCACAUGUAUGCCGAUCCAAACUUUGUGCGCACUUUUUUGACCACGUACCGAUCCUUCUGCAAGCCUCAGGAGCUUCUGACACUGCUGAUUGACAGGAUCGAAAUCCCAGAACCGGAGCCCACGGAGGAAGACCGGCAGGCCCUGUGGAACGGCGACCAGCCCAUGGCGGCUGAGCUCCAGAGGUUCCGCAAGGAAUAUGUGCAGCCGGUCCAGCUCAGGGUUCUCAACGUAUUCCGUCAGUGGGUGGAGCAUCAUUUCUAUGACUUUGAAAACGACCCCGAGCUGAGGACUCGCUUAGAGGAAUACAUCAAGAGCAAAAUCCAACUGCGAGGCAAGUCCAUGCGCAAGUGGGUGGAGUCCAUCAACAAGAUCAUCCGGCGCAAGCUGCAGACGCAGUCCAACGGCGUGAGCCACAACCUCACCUUCGGCAGCACGCCCCCGCCCAUCGAGUGGCACAUCUGCCGCGCCGGCCAGGUGGACUCCUUCGAUCUCAUGACCCUGCACCCCAUCGAGAUCGCCCGGCAGCUGACCCUGCUGGAGUCCGAGCUCUACAGAGCCGUGCGUCCGUCUGAGCUGGUGGGAAGCGUGUGGACCAAAGAGGACAAAGAAAAGAACUCGCCCAACCUGCUCCGGAUGAUCCGACACACCACCAACCUCACGCUGUGGUUUGAGAAGUGCAUCGUGGAGACCAUGAACCUGGAGGAGCGCGUGGCGGUGUGGACACGCGUCAUCGAGAUCCUGCAGGUCUUUCAGGAGCUCAACAACUUCAACGGCGUGCUGGAGGUGGUCAGCGCCAUCAACUCGGUCCCGGUCUACCGCCUGGACCACACCUUUGAGGCCAUACCGGAGAGGAAGAAGAGGCUCCUGGAGGAGGCUGUGGAACUGAGUCAAGACCAUUUCAAGAAGUACUUAGCCAAACUCAAGUCCAUCAACCCGCCCUGUGUGCCUUUCUUUGGGAUCUACCUUACCAACAUCCUCAAGACGGAGGAGGGCAACCCGGACUUCCUGAAACGCCACGGCAAGGAGCUGAUCAACUUCAGCAAGAGGAGGAAAGUGGCGGAAAUCACCGGCGAGAUCCAGCAGUACCAGAACCAGCCUUACUGCCUUAACGUGGAGCACGACAUCAGGCGGUUCUUUGAGAACUUAAACCCGAUGGGAAACAGGAGCGAAAAGGAGUUUUCAGACUACUUGUUCAACAUGUCCAUGGAGAUCGAGCCCAGGAACUGCAAACAAGCGCCUCGAUUUCCCAGAAAGACGACCUUCACGCUGAAAUCGCCCGGGAUCCGGCCCGUGCGAACCGUCAACGUGAAGGCCCUGGAGAGGGAGCCGCACCACAAGCUCACCUUCCGGAGCAUCGCCGAGACGGACCCCGAGACGCCGGCUUCCGCCUCGGUGCCCACCUCCCCCAACACGCCCACCCCGCCGCAGUCGGCCUCCUCGGACCUCAGCUCGGUCUUCAUGGAGCACGACCUCAGCAGCUCCUACGGCGCAGGCUCCAACUCCAUUUUUGCUCCGGUUCUCCUGCCGCCUUGCAAGUUGCAGUCUGUGUCAUGCGGCAGCCUCCACCAGCUGGGGGAGGAGCUCCUCAAACCGCCGCCACUUCCGCCUCGAAGGAAGGACACCAUGUCGGAAAGCAAAAGCUCUCGGUCGGACAGCCCCCCCGCCAUCCCCCCACGGCUGCCGCCGCCCCUGCCCAGGACGCAGCCGCGGACGCCGGGCUACAACGGCCCCUUGGACGGCCCCCUGCCCAGCCCUCCCCCGCCUCCCCCCCGGGACCCGCUCCCCGACACGCCGCCGCCCGUGCCCCAGCGGCCCCCGGAGAUCUUCAUCAACUACCCGUUCAACCUGCAGCCCUCACCCGUGGGCCGCUACCACUGGGACUUCGGCAGCUCGCCCGCUUCGCCCAACACGCCGCCCGGCACGCCCUCGCCGCGUGUCCCCCGCCGGAGCUGCCCGCUCAGCGCCAGCCAGAACAGCCUGUGUCCGCUCCCGGCGCCCAUCAUCGCCGCCCCGCCCGUGCCCCCUCGCCACAACUCCAGCCCGCAGUUGCCCAAGCUCCCCCCAAAGACGUACAAGCGCGAGCUGCUGCACGGACUUUCGCUGGUGGAAAACAGCGCCGCGGGGGACCCGUAGGCCACGCCUUCUUUUUUUGCGAACCCUCCAUGUUGAUAAGGGCCGCUCAUCUUGGCCGCGGGGACCUUAUGGGCGGCACGUCGGCCUCUCAGUUCUGAGCCUUGGGUCUCUGCUCUGGCCUUCCUGUGAGCAGUUUGCAUGCCCCCCCCCCCCCCCCCCCCGUGCUUUCCUACCACUCUCCAAAAACGUGCAUGUUAGCUUCACUGACGACUCAAAAUUGGCCAGAGUGGAUCUUAGUUUCUCUAAAUGUGCCCCCGCAGUCGGCUGGCGACCCCGUCCAGGGUCGACCCUGACUUUUGCCUGCCGGGACAGGAUCCAGCUCACCUGCCGCUCUUAAUUAAGAGGACAAGCGCUUUAGAAAUGGAAUGGAUGGAUCAUUUUGUUGGGUUACAAAUCUCUUCUUCAGCAGGUAAAAUGCAUUCUCUGUUGGGUUGAUGUCUGAAGAUUGACAAGUCGCAUCCAGUCGAAGUCCUUUAUUGUCUCGGAAGUGCGUUUUUGGAUCUUGGGUUUGCAGUUGUGAGGUUCCGGGUUCCCAUCGCAACUCCGGCGACUCGGGCUCCCUGCCACAUUCCAACGACAUGCAUGCGAAGAUCAUCGCAGACUCAAAAUUGCCCACAGCGUGAAUGUCAGUGUCGAUGCUUGGGUGACAAUAUCUGCGAUUGGUCGGCGACCGGUCCAGGGUGCCCAACGUCAGCUGGGAUAAGCUCCAGCUCAUCCGACCCCAAUGAAAUCAAGCACUAUAGAAAAUGGAUGAUUGUCUAAUGGUGCACUUUAAAAACAGUUGGGCCAAAAAGAAUCCAGUACUUGGGCAAAAGAGGACAGAACACCACUCGAGUCAAUCUGACCUUUUUUUUUUUUUUGACCCGACUGUUUUUAGUGUUUGCCCUGCAACCAGUCCAGGGGGUAGCUCGCUUUUUGCCCAAAGACGGCUAGGAUAGGCUCCAGCUUCCCCACCCGUGACCCAAAUGAGGACAAGCACUCUACAAAAAAAGGACGGCUAGGUGGCUAAAUAGAAAAUGGUCGCAUCCCAUUUGGGGAAAGUUCUCACUGUUGUAGCUUCAACUGUUACGCUUCUUUCUCACCGAACAGCUGCCAAAGUCUUAUCUGUAUUUUAUGCAGGGGGAUAAGGGAAAGGGAUUCUUUGUUUGCUUUUGCUCCUUUUUUUUUGUUUUUAUACAUGACUUGCAAAAGGUGACCGUGAUUCCGCCAUCCCCUCAACUCUACACUGUGACUGUUUCCAAGACACACAAAAAGUUGCCUUCCCCCCCCUCACCGCCCCGCCCCCUCCGCCCCAACAUCCCCGCUCGGAUUCUUUGCACAUCGAGCUCAGGCGAACUUUGAUUCCCGUCAAGCCACGAUGUCAAAACGGCGGACAUCGGAAUGACCCUGACCUAAGCGCCAAAUACCCACAAACUGCCCCGCCCCACCCAGGACUGAGAAUCCAGCCAACCGCGCCGCUCGGAUGUGCCUUUUUGUUUUGUUUUCUACUUAACGGUGUCUCUAAUAAUAUGCUAAAAUGGAAACAAAAAAAUAAGAAACAAGUUGCCUAUGUAAGGUUUAGAACAAAAAGCUAUACGACUAUGAACUUGUACAUGUUUGUGGAUAGUGUGUGUGUGCGUGUGGGUGUCAGUGUGUGUGUAUGUAUAUGUGUAUAUAUAUUCGAUGUAUACAUACACAUACAUAUACACUGACUAAAUAAUUUGUAUAAAGUCAAGUUUCUGGUUGUACUCUCAUCCGUAGCUGUUCAGUUCAAUAAUGCCUAAUAAUAAUCACAUUCAUAAUAAUAAUAAUGAGCGAUGCUGCUACGGUCAGAUAAAAACCAGAAAGACAACUAAUGCACUUACAUGACAAUCUCCAGUGGAAGCCGUUUUGUUCCUCUCUGAAGUUGUAAGAAAAACACACGAUACGGCGAUCACUUCAUCUUGCUAAGAUUCAUUCAAGGCUAUUUUUGGGGGGGGACACGUGCACUUUAGGCCGUCCCGUUUGAGGAGCCAGGGUACCCCCGCACGCAAAUUAAAAUAAAAAAGACGUCAAACAGUCCCCAGCUCCCAUCAUGAUGACGCUUCUUUAAAUGGAGAAGCAAAAACAAUAUUUUUUCCAGUCAGUAUUUUUUUUUUUUUUUUUUGCUGGGUUCUCCGGAUGCUAUGUGGCCUUUUAACACCUUUGUAUUAUUAACAGUCUUGAUGAGUUGAAUAAAUCACCCAGUCUUAUUUUCUACUUUAAGCCCCCCCCCCCUUCCCCUCCCUCGCUGCUCUUGUUUGAUAGAACUCAUCAUUUAGUGGCCUGCGCCUUUUAUUUACUAACGCGGAUUGGGGGUGAAGUGGUGAACAUUUAAGACUGAAUAUUGGAAAUGUUAAGGAAAAUUUAAGGGAUGAGUCCUAUUGAGGGAAAGGAAAUAAAAAUAUUUUUAUUUUA